AUGGCUGGACCAGAAGACUGGAAUCGCGCGCAGGCCUUCCCAGGCCAGGAGAGCCGGGUCAUUUACGGACACCCGACCAUGACGGGCGUGCCAGCAGCUCGGCUCGAGGGGGAAGAUGCAAAGGCAUCGGCAAACUACAAGGAUCUCAGCACUGUUUCCGUGAGCUCAGUAUCACAAACCGGCGACUCUACAAAUCCUUCGCAGCGUCCCGUGUCGAGAGAGUCGCGAACAUGGCUGCCGAUGCAGGGCGCCAACGACUCGACUUCUCCGUCAGGUGGCAUACAUGAUGCCGCCUUGAUCUCUCCCCCCUUGGAGUCUCCCUACAGUCCUCCACCGGCUACUCACAUUUCUUCGCAAAUGUCGUCGUUUGCCAGUCGCCGGCCAAUGCAGCCCAUGGAGUUUGAGGACAGUCCCGCAGCCUAUAUGUCUUCUGGACCAGGGUUCGGGAGCGCAUAUGCUUCGCCUUACACUCCCCGUGAGGCAUACCACCAACACGGUCGGUCCACAACCGAGACCUCUCAGGCCUAUCUUUUACAGACACCGCCAGUAACUACAGAAUGGACGCGAGAAUCACCCACCCCGCCGCCAUAUAGCGCUGGCCUGCCACCAAAACAGCCCAAGAGGUGGUUCGUGUGGCGGCCAGAGUGGAUCAUGUUUGUUUUCCUCUUGCUGGGUCUCCUCGCCGCCGUGGGUCACCACAUCUUCUACAAGGCGUUGGACGAUCGGUUGGCAGAUAAUCAAGUGGCCAUGUUGCGAUAUGGUACCAUAUUGGCGUUCGUGGCCAAGGCGGGAUUUGUUGCAGCCACGGUAACUGCCUUUCGACAGCGCCUCUGGGUAACGGUGCGGAACAAGAUUCUCAGCGUCGGCGCACUCGAUUCCCUUUUUGCCGCAACAAGCGACAUUACGGCCCUGUGGAACCGGGAGAUUUAUCACAAGGCCAAGAUCGCCAUGCUCCUGGCCGGCCUUGUCUGGAUUACGCCGCUCAUAGUCAUCUUGACGAGUAAUACCCUGACUGUGAGGCUGGUCAACAAUAUCGUGGAUACAAAGUGCCCGAGUGUGCGGACUUUGAAUUUCACGUUUGAGGAGGUUGAGAACUUUAGAAAACCAACCAAGGUCAAUGGUUUAUACGGCCUGUCUGUGAACUUAUGGAACGCAACGACCUUAAACGACAGUCUUCCCGGCUGGUACGACUACUAUACUGCUCCACACGACCUUUUCAGAGCCACUGCCAGCUUGGGAAUUUUCUCCAAGAAGGUUAAUGCCGUCGAGACUAUAGCACACGAUAUCUGCGGUGUUGGCUGGAACUGCUCAUACACCAUUGAAUUUGUUGCACCGGGGUACAAGUGCACCGAAGUAGCCAAUGGUGUCAAUUCCGCAGUACAGAACUUGGGCGAUUCCACGCCGCCAUUCAAUACAAGCUUGCUGCUGCCCGAGGGACAAUAUAGCUACUUUGUGCACUCGACCGAGGGUGACUAUUCCACGGCGCAGCUCAAGGAAGUCUGGCCGGGAGGAAUGCCGCUGAAUUCGACACCUUCUUCUUGGCCCGAGCACUUGGGUGCCUUUCGAACGGAACCCAUUAUUUGGGCCGGCUACUCGGUCAUGGUCAACCAGAGCAACCCUCCUGCUAACAACACCGUAGCGGGCUGGAAUGAUGCAUUCAUUCCCAAAAUAUUUGCCUGCGAGCAUUACGAAACACAUUACAAGGUCAACUUCACCUAUGAAGGCAAGGACCAGAGCACGAAAGUCCUCGAGAGAACAUUCUUGUAUCCCGUGAUGAACACAACGUACCAGCGCGGCGUCGAUGCCAACGACGGCACCAAUGACAACACCACCGCAACGCCUGAGAGCAACUACGUGUAUCCCUAUCCCAUGUCCAAUGUCACCAACACCCGCCGUUACCGACGACUGGCAUCUUUCCACUCAAUCGGCUUGACCCUGCGCGAAGUCAUGAACGGAACGGUGAACUCGGCCUCGGUCCCGGUCCCCAAUGCCAACACCAAGGCGCUCCAGACCAAGUUGCUCGAUCCCAAGAACGAGUGGUUCGCGUACCCAGACCUGCAGACGCGCGUCCAGAGUUUAUACGAGGACAUCAUCUUAUCUAUGCUCUCGAAUCACAUGUUGGUGUCCGUAGCGUGGGCCGCCAAACCCUGGGAGAUGUCGGGCGACGAGCCGGGUAACCAGACGACACUGUGGCCCUGCACCCGGACGCGCUGGGAGAACCGCUACCAUUACGUGCUGCGCGAUCUGUGGAUCGUCUAUAGCUGCGCCUUUGCCUGCGCCAUUGUCGCCGUCAUCAUGGGCACGGGCGCCGUGCUCGCCAACGAGGGCCGCGUCUACGACACGCGCUUCUCCAGCAUCGUGGCCGCGACCCGGGGCCCCGCGCUGGAAAAGAUGGCCUGGCACGAAGACAAUGGCUCCGAUAUCCGCAAGAUGAAGGUCGGCUACGGCUUGAUUCACCGGGCUCGGCCCCUCGAUGCCGUCGCCGAGGACGAGGCGGCGUCUACGGGGGCGUCGACGCCGCGGGAGACUGGUGCGACGACGGCACAGCAGCGGCCGCGGUUCGGCUUUGGGCUCGAGGGUGAUGUGCGACAGACGAAGCGAGUGGGAAGCUUUUUCCAGAGGACUUGA